UUUUCGUAUACAAACAUUAGACCUGAGGCUGUUUGUCAUAAAGACGAAGUUUUAUUUCUUAUGGUUUGUUGGGUUUAAAGAAGAGAGAAAUAAAAAGCACGAGAAGAAGAAGGAAGAAACACGGCAAGAAAGAAAAGAAGAAGGAGGAUAAAAGUAAAGAAAGAAACUAUAAAAUCGCAAUAAUUCUACGAACAACAUGCGGCUGGUUCACCUGCUGAGGUCAUUGGGUCUGCUGGUUUUGUCAUCUGUGCUCACCUAUGGAUUGCAUUCACCGAAAAAGGUACAUACUAUAGGCAUCCUUGUUGAAAAGACGCUCUCCUGGAUGGUGAUGUCUUCUCACAAAAUUCUAAACACCAGCACAUGUGAUGCAGAUACUUGGCAGUUGGGGCUGUGAAAGUGGUGCAUGAUGUCUUUCAAAGCAACGAUUUGCCAAGCAUGCAGAACUGCAUUGCGAAGAUGCAGGCAGAGGGUGUCGCAGGAAUCGUAGUAUUAGCCAUGUGUGACAACCAACUCUUGCUACAUCAACUUCUGAGGCAGAAAAAUAUUCCUCACGUCCCGGUUCCUUCGACGUAUUGUUACCGCGAUCAUUUCGAGGAAGGUCGCUCCCCUUGGCGCUUACGUCAACGCGCCUCGACGUUGAGCCUAGUCAUAAAAGACACGAUCAAAGCACUUAAUUUUCUUGCCAUUAAAGAGAUUAUCAUUUUCACUGACGGAACUUACAACAUCAAUCAAGCCAGUGUCAUCUUACAGAGUCUUUCAGAAGAAAAUAUUAGAUUUAUGGCUUACCAAGUGAACUAUACCAAUGCCAGCUAUAAAAGCGUACUGGAAUGGACAAAGAAAUCCAUUAAACGAACCUACUUUCUACUGUUGACCUAUGGUCAAGGGUCAAUGGAAAUACUAAACUGUGCAAGAGACUUGGAACUAAUCCGUUACAACACAUUUUGGAUAAUUGCCAACUUGGACAUGAAUAUCGAGGAGUUAAAAACUCUUGACCUGCAGAAUGUUCGAGCAAACAUCCUCUACAUAAAGAAGCCUUGUAUUUCUUCAUCCGUAGGCAUAUCUGGUGAGCAGAAUGGAUUUAAUAUAUCAAUUACCGACAAUUAUCUGCUGCAAACGGUAUCCCGUUACUUUACAUACUGUCUGAAUAUGAGCGAGACGACACCUCAACCAUCCGAAAUAUGGCAAGCGGAGCUGUUCUUCCCAAUUGCAGAGAUGGAGUUUGACGAAACCAACGACAACAUGUUUAUGGUUGAUCCAGAAGAGGUUGUCGAUCGAAAAUACGAUAUAUUCCGUGUAGAUGGCUACGAAGAGGAGCCCACCUACAAGCGAAUAGGAGAGUGGUGUUCUGAAGUAGGUUUAGUUUUCAUGGUGACGCCUAUAGACGCAAGGGAUGUCUUUCCCAACGCUUUACCUGGAUUGGGUAACGCAACCCUAAAGGUUGGAACCGUCGUGCUGGCCCCAUACAUCACUCGAGUAAACGGUACCGGAUGGGAAGGAUUUUGUAUCGAUAUACUCAAUGAAAUGAGUAGUACCAUGAACUUCAAUUAUGUACUGCAAGAACCUGAAGACAAGAUGUUCGGUGUUUAUGAUAAUGCAACACAUAACUGGACUGGAGUUAUAGGAAUGGCAUACAACAACGAGGUCGAUCUCGGAAUCGGACCUAUUACACUGACAGCCCAUCGUUUUGAAUACAUUGACUUCACGCAUCCGUUCUCUGAAGACGGAAUUGGCAUCGCCUACAGACUGGAAGAUGACCGUGUCUCCAUGGACAUGAUAUUUCGACCAUUUCAAUUGUGGGUUUGGAUACUAACGCCUGGUGCCAUAUUUUUUGUCGGUAUCUUCCUGACAGUAAUAAACAAGAUCAGCGCCAUAUUCAGAUCUACCAAAGCGUGCGAAGAAUUAAACUGUUCCUACUACGAGAAUUGCUGGUACACGUUGGGAACAGCCCUCAUGCAAGGUCAAAACAACGAACCAAAGAACGUAUCUGGUCGAAUCGUGAUCAUCUUCUGGUGGCUAUUUGUCAUCCUGUUGACCACCUACUACACAGCCUUCUUAGCUGCUAUUCUUACCGUCAAAGUCUCCAAAUUAUCCAUCACAAGUCUAGAAGAUUUAGCACAUCAUCCUUCUAUAAAGCCCAUAACGCUCUCCGGAUCAACGUGGUGGUCAUAUUUUUUGAAAUCACGGAAUCCAUCGUAUCGGACGAUUGGUCGAGAGAUCCGCAGGAGUCCGAAUGUCACAGAUACUGCCAGGAUAAUGGAAAUGGUGUUGACCGAAAACUUUGCUUAUGUCAUGGACAGCUCAGUGGUGAGGUAUUUCGCUGCAAAGGACAAGAAGGCCUAUGCAUUCGUCGAAGAGAAAGGUUACAGGCAGAGCCUAGGGUUCAUCACGCCAAAACACUCAGCAAUUCGAGAAAUGCUUUCUUUCAAUAUCAUUAAAUUUCAAGAGCUGGGUCUAAUUGAAAAAUGGCGAAGGCAAUGGUGUAACUGUACCAAGCAACUUUUGUUGCGAAAAUCUGUUGAAACUAAAGCUUUGGCCUUGGAGGACCUAGGUGGCGCUUUCACGGUAGCCGGUGGUACGGCAUUGGCUAGUAUUGUUUUGGCAUUCAUGGAAAAAGUUAUAAGCAAAUACAGAAAAAGCAAAGUCCUUGAAACGCCCAUAGAAGAAAGAAAUGAGCAGAAAGACUUAGAACAAUCUUCUAUAAGACUAAAACUGUUCCGUAGACGUUGAAGUAUUUUUUAGAAUUUUAGAA